AUGGAUCUUCUGGCAGUGUUUCCCCAAACCCCACCGUCAGAUCAAGCUAUAGACGCUCUUGCCUCCAAACAAAGUAGCACUGAACAGAACUACUAUGAUGGAGAGGAAGAUGAGGUACUGAUUGAGAUUUAUCGCCUUACCGGGCAGAAGGUGUGGACAAUCAGUAUCGAUAGCAACGAUGGUGCUAUUGGCGUUAUCGACGUUGCUUGGAGGGACGACGGUGUCAUACUCGCCGUUGUGACCUCCGAUAACAUGGUUCGACUGGUCAACAGUUUCAGCGGUAAAGUGGUACACUCUUACUCAUCCACCUCAGCAGUUCCUCCCCCAGCAGCUGAAACCGAUGCCCCUAAAUCUCCAAGCAAGAAGCGCAAAUCUGCGGCUCGAGAGCAAGAACCUCAAAAACGACGGUGCAUACCGACCUGCAUACACUACUCGACUCAUUUCUCAGACACGAAGAGUGCCCAAACUCAGCUCCGAUCAGCUAAGAAGGAAAGAGGUGUGGAAUUGGACGAUCUGUUGGGCUUCAAUGUCGACGUUGAGCAGACCCUGAAGCUCAAGGCGGAUCUACCUAGAGAGAUUGCUAACAUUGACGUCGAGCAAUUUCUACCUAAACUUGCAACAUUACCGGCAAAUGGUAUGGGCGACGAUGAUGUCUUUUCUAGUCGAACCUCGAUUGAUACAAUGUUUCACCCUGUCAUUAACGGUGGCAGACAUAUGACAGACAUCACAACCAUAGCACAAAGCGAUGGACAUGUUCAUCUACGGGUCUUUGACUCAUUUGAGGUCGGAGACGUGGAUUUGAAUAAUACUCCAAACAAGCCGAAAGGCUGCCGAUUUGGAAAGGUGCGGCAGGUAGCAGGACACCCUCUUUCGAAGAAGCUAUGUGUGAUGGUAGAAGAGGAGGCAGUCAAACCUUCGACGAGACAGAAACAGCCGAGUAGCGAUGCUACAAGCUCACGUCCUUCGCUUCAUUCCCUCAGCCUCAAUCUCGACUUCUUAGAGCAAUCCUCACUUACAUUUCCGAUCCUUGCCACGAAAGCCACGCAAUUACAUAACCUGCUGCGAUACCUUCGUCAAAUUGAAUCCCAGAUGGCGCGAGAAGUGAAGACAGCAUUCGACCUCCCUGUCAGAUUUCUACGUAACCUAGAGGAGGAUCUCAAAGAACAAGAUGGAGAAGGGAGCACAUUCAAAACAUCAGCGUACCAUGCCCUGUUGACUGGCGAAGUACACGGGAAAUUCAAAGAAUGGCUUGCAGAGGUCUUGGGCGAUCGUGGUGUGAAGAGGUGGGACAAAGCGGUACACGAGUGUCUUGAGCUGGUUCGGCGGUUGGUCAAUGAGAACUGGAAUCCAGCAGUUGAACGGGCUGGGGUAGUGGUGUCGAGGUUGACUGGCCUGGCCAUGGCUGACGCGACAUUUGGCGUUGACCAGGAGAUACUGGACGGACUGCAGGAUACUGUCAGUGUUAUGGCUGUACUCGGUGAGGAUCUACUCAGGGAUGUAGGAGCAGAGAUCACAGGUUUCAACGCAUUCAUGCAGUGGCUGAAGAGAGAGGUGGAGAUGGCUGGCCUAGAAGAUACAAGUGAGAAGCUAGAUGAAAUGAGGGAGGCGAGCGAUCAUGCGGACGUGGGUAAGGUGAUCACAUACAUCUCCGAGGGAUUGAACAGCACUUCUGUGAAGAAGUACAUUCAGGAAACUGGAAGUGAACCUGCCGUCGAGAUCGAAAAAGGGCCGACUCUCUACGAGCAAUUCAAGAAGAAUCGAGAAGCUGGUCAGAAGCUAGACUCCUUGUGGUCACUGAAAAGUCUGACCGACAGGCUCGGCCAGCAGACUGGAAAGAUGUUUCAGCAAGUCGCCAUGAAGUUGAGGAAGGGUGUCAAGGUAGAGUACCUCUGCAGAGCUGGCGACGCACUUGAUGAAGUUUUGUGCCAAUGCCGGAUGGUUCGUGUUCAUGGGAAGGACGAGUUAGAUAAUAUUGAAGAUAGUGGCGCAGAUGAGGACGGCAAGCAAUCUACAGAGGAACCUGACGACAUCCAUAGCAAAGAGUACGACCUUUCAGAGCCAUGGCUGCUGGCUCCCAGCAGCGAAAUGGCCGGAACCAUUGUAUGUGAAAGAAGCCGUACAGGAGGCUUCGCCACACCUUUCGAACGAUCACUCAUCUGCACAGUUCCUGAUGUAACAAAGGUUCUGGAUCUGAAAUUUGCGGACGACAAAGAACUCCUGGUGCUGGUUGUUUGCGCAGGCCGAACCAAGAUUGUGAGUGUAACACUCGGUGCAUCACCACUUCAUUCGGAGAGACACGUGUUCGGCGGACAAUCAGACGGCUAUGUCAAAGCAGGUCUGCAACCAGGAAAGCUGGAGGUCAAUGGUCGGAAGGGAAGAAGGACAGUGACAGUAUUGGACGAGCAGGGACGAGGCUAUGGCGUGUUUGAUCUCGAUACUUCAGAGGAUCAAGGCCCUGAGGAUGAUGACGUGGUGAUGAGCUAG